CAGCAGCAGCGGCAGCAUCGGCAGCAGCAGCAGCGGCAGCAGCAGCAGCAGCGGCAGCAUCGGCAGCAGCAGCGGCAGCAGCAGCAGGGCGAAGGGGAUCGAGCGAGCGGCUCCCAGGGGCUGCAUUGCAGAGCCGACUGCAGCGGCAGACAAAAGGCAGGCGCAGAGCUCCCCCCCCAGCAAGCAGGCAGGCAGCGACCCCCACCCCAGCCCUCCUCGGCAGCCCGAAGAUGCUGGACACCCUCAGCAGCCAGUACGACUCCUUCAUCUACUGGCGGAUGCCGAUCCCGCGGCUGGAGCUGGCGGAGCUGGAGGGGCUGGGGCUGGCCGAGGUGGCCCUGCGCAAGCCCCGGGGGGCGCUGGGGCAGCUGCAGACCCCCGGCGAGCAGAGCGGCACCGGCCCGGGCGAGGAGGACAACCUGCGGCCGUUCACCAGCUUCAACUUCUGGCGAGCUCCCAUCGCCAGCAUCAGCUCCUUCGACUUCGAGCUCCUCUGAGAGCCUCCCCCCGGCCCCGCCUCGCCCUCCUGCCCCUCUCUCCCCUCUGCCUUCGGUUUUGGCUCUGGGCUGGAGGCUGCUCUGGGCUCGUUUUUGGGGGG